UUAUUCUGCCAUUGAAAACAGGUUGAAUUCUUGUCAUAUCACUGAGGAAGGUUUUGCUGAUCUGAGUUCAGCUCUGAGAUCAAACCCGUCUCAUCUGAGAGAGUUGGACCUGAGUGAGAAUGACAUUGGUCAUUUGGGAUUGAAGCAGCUUUCAGAUAUACUAGCCGAUCAUCAGUGUAACCUACAGAAACUGUGGUUGAUAUCUUGUCAAAUUGAAAAUGAAAGCUGUGCUUUUCUGAGUUCAGCUCUGAGAUCAAACCCGUCUCAUCUGAGAGAGCUGGACCUGAGUGGGAAUGACAUUCAAUAUUCAGGAAUACAGCAGCUUUCAUAUCUACUCACUGAUUUUCAGUGUAAACUGGAAAAACUGAGGUUAAUAUGUUGUCAUUUUAGUGACAUGAGUUGUGCUGUUCUGAGUUCAGCUUUGAAAUCAAACUCGUCUCAUCUAAGAGAACUGGACCUGAGUGGGAACUACAUUUCAGGAUUGAAGAAACUUCCAUCUUUACUAAAAUGUUCUCAGUGUAAACUGAAGAAACUGGGGUUGAGAUCUUGUUAUCUCAGUGACAAAGCUUGUGCUGAUCUGAGUUCAGCUCUGAGAUCGAACCCGUCUCAUCUGAGAGAGCUGGACCUGAGUGGGAAUAAAAUUAAAGAUUCAGGAAUGAAGCAGCUUUCAGCUCUACUGAAACAUCCUCAGUGUAAACUGGAGAAACUGUGGUUGAGAUAUUGUUAUAUCAGUGACAAAGGCUGUGCUUUUCUGAGUUCAGCUCUGAGAUCAAGCCCGUCUCAUCUGAGAGAACUGGACCUGAGUGAAAAUAACAUUACAGAAUCAGAAAUGAAACAGCUUUCAGAUCUACUAAAAGAUCCUCAGUGUAAACUGGAGAAACUGUGGUUGAGAUAUUGCCGAAUUAAAAAGGAAGCUUGUGCUGUUCUGAGUUCAGCUCUGAAAUCAAACCCGUCUCAUCUGAGAGAACUGGACCUGAGUGAGAAUUACUUUACAGAUUCAGGAACGAGGCACCUUUCAGAUCUUCUAGAAGAUCCACAGUGCAAACUGGAGAAACUGGGGUUGAGAUCUUGUGAUAUCAGUGAUGGAGGUUGUGCUGGUCUGAGUUCAGCUCUGAGAUCAAACCUGUCUCUGAGAGAGCUGGACCUGAGUGGGAAUAACAUCACAGAAUCAGGAGUGAAGCAGUUUUCAGAUCUACUAAAAGAUCCUCAGUGUAAACUGGAGAAACUGUGGCUGAAGUGCUCAAACAAGUAUGGAAACUUUGAUUUCCUGAGGUCACACAAGUCAAGAGAAAAUCGAGUGUGAGAGAGUGACAGAGAACUUGAGAUAUUUUUUGAAAGGCUUGACAUAAAACUGACUUCAUUAUAUCAGGAGUGCAGUUUCGGUGAUCAGAUGUUCUACAUUGCAGUUAAUCACAUGCUGUGUCAUCCAUCAUGGCUUUCUUCGGUGAUUAUUUUAGUUUUUGCAUAUUAAUUGAAUCAAUAAUAUUGUCAAGGACCAUUGUUUAUGGUGCUGGCACUGAGUGUUAAUCUGAAUGGAGGCAGAGUUUAGGGGUAUAUUCUUAAUUUCACUUAAAUUUGGAUUUGUUUCGCCCAUAUAGCUAAUGAAUGGCUUCAGAAGGCUUAUAAUACAUGAAGUGCUUUAAAAUCAUUUUUGGAUCUUGGCAGUUGGUUGGCUCACUGGGGCUUGUAGGUCUCUCACAACAUCUUUUCAUGGCCCAUUUAAAAUAUU